GUCGUCUCUGACUCUCGCGGUACUGCUGCACCGAAGAUGGCGGCCGAACUGGUGGAAGCGAUGAACAUGGUUAAAAGUUUUCGGGUCUCGGACCUGCAGACACUGCUGGCCUCGAUGGGUCGCAGCAAAAGUGGGCUGAAACAGGACCUUGUGGGGCGAGCGCUGAGGCUAGUGCAGACUGAUUACAGCCCAGAGCUUCUGAAGAAUGUCAGACAGCUCUACGAGUCACGCUUCCCCAAAACAUCUGGCUGGCUUGCAGCACGGCGUCCAGAGGGCGCCCCGGUUGCCUACUCAUCCCUCAGCUCCUCUCCCACUGCCACCUCUCAGGGCGCAGACUACCUCAACGGCAUUUCCAAACCAAUCCAAGCACCUGCAGCAGAGGUCAAGCUUGUGCCACUGCCUUUCUACCAAACCUUGGAGACACUGUUGUUACCCACAGAGCUAAUCGCCCAGAACAAUGAAAAACUGCAAGACAGUCAGUGCAUAUUUGAGUUAACACCGAGCCAAGCAGACCAGAUUCGAAAUGCAAGUGAGCUUCGUCCGGGCAUCAGAUCAAUCCAAGUGGUACUUAGAAUCUGUUACACAGACUCCAUUGGUGUUCAGGAGGACCAGUAUCCUCCCAACAUCGCUGUCAAAGUCAACCAGUCCUACUGUCAUGUGCCGGGAUAUUACCCAUCUAAUAAACCUGGUGUUGAACCCCGCCGUCCUUGUCGUCCUGUUAACAUCACUCCCUGGUUGCAUCUCUCCAAUGUCACCAACAGAGUCACUGUCACCUGGGGCAACUUCGGCAAGCGAUACUCUGUGGCUGUGUAUUUGGUGAGGGUUUUCACUGCAGCAGACCUCUUCAGCCAACUCAAACUGUGCUCUGUUGAGAGUGCAGAGCGCUGUCGUGAACGCAUCCAAGACAAACUACGUUUUGACCCGGAGAGUGAAAUUGCGACCACAGGCCUCCGGGUUUCUCUCAUCUGUCCACUGGUGAAGAUGCGACUCGGUGUGCCUUGUCGAGUUCUAACCUGUGCCCAUCUUCAGUGUUUCGAUGCGGUCUUCUUCCUGCAGAUGAAUGAGAAGAAGCCCACAUGGACUUGCCCUGUCUGUGACAAGCCCGCUCCCUUUGAGCUGCUCACUAUCGAUGGGCUGUUAUCUGAGAUUCUCAAAGAGACAAGCGAAGAUAUUGAGGAGAUUGAGUAUUUAACCGACGGCUCGUGGCGACCCAUCAGCGACGAGAAGGAGAGGGACAGGGAAAGAGAACGCAGCAACACGCCAGAGUAUCCAGUUGUUGACAUAUGCAUUCCUGAAGCAAACGGUCACUCACCAGCCCACAGCAGCACCAGUCUGACAGGCAAAUCCGGAAACGGGUCAGUGGGAAUGGGAGGAGCCGCAGGAGGAACUGCUGUGGCGCCAGGAGGAGGCGCAGUGGUAGAUCUGACUCUUGACUCCUCCUCUGAGGAGGAAGGGGGAGGGGCAGGGGGAGACAGUGAGGACACUGAGGACAGCGCUGACAGUCCUGCUCCGAAGAGGGGCCGAUACAACUACGACAAGGACCUGGUCACCGCCUACUGACCCAGCAGCUCUGUCCCCUCAUAGACUGACACACACACACAGACAGAGUGGCAGGGGGCUAAACACUCGAGGACAGGAACACCGUAAUACACUAGAUGCAGCAAUCCUCCCUUAUGCCCAACAUCAGAGCCUUUGAGCAGCUCUGGGUAAUUUCCAGACAAAACAGACACACACGCAAACAUGCACUGUCAAGGAUUAUCCAAUCUAGAGUGAUUAGGAUUCCUCUUUGUACUGUACACCACUGGAAGCGACUCUAACUCUUGGCCAACCAUCACCUUGCAGUGAAUAUCUGUAUUGUCCUGCCUCUAUUAAAGAGACCGAAUGAAUCAAGCACCACACCAUCACGAUUACCACUCCCCUUCCUCCUCUUCCUCUCCAAACUUUCUCCUCUUUAACACCACAUCUCUCUUUGUAUUUGACUCAGAACCAUAGGCUCUUUUAGCCAUGGGCGUUCAAUGUUUGCGGCGCUGAUUUUUGUCACAUUUGUGAUGAACAGACAGGUUAAAAAAGGAGGCUUAGUAGUUUUUAGUAAACUGUCAAAAAACACAAAACAAAUUGAAGAGAGCAGGAAUAAUUUUUCGGGGACAGAAGGCAGAGAAAUCCGGAUUGUGAUGCACAUCUAAACUUCUCCCAUUGUGAUGUUUCUUUGUUCAGAGAAUGAUAACAAAGCUUGAAGGGGUUUUUUCAGGAAUUUAUCCUUUUAAUUAUAAAAAAGCAGAACACAAUACUGGCCUCAAUGUGUGAUGCUUUCCAUUUUUAUUUUGACAUUAGAUAAAGAGAACCUACCUCAGUCAUAAAAAGUUAGCAGACUGACCAGAGACUAGCUAAGGACAGCCGAGCACAGAAGAAUUGAAGCCAAUUUUUACACUGGAGAUUUUGUUGUUCCUAUAUUUUAGUUUUUGUUGGAUCGUGUUUAUUUUUAUUUUUUAAUUCCAUCGUUCCUUUCAGCGCUCUUCCCUCUGCAGGAUUUUUAUUUUGUGGAGGGGUGAAUUAAUUUGUGGAUAACAAAGCUAACUGAAGCUGUCAGUAAUGCAAAAGGUUGUGCGUGUAUCUGUGGCCCUCUGUUAAAACUUGCAAUGAUUUCUAAGGAGUGCGAUCAUUAGCACAUCUCAUCCAAAUUAGUGUGGCCGAGUGCCAAAGCAGAUUUAAGAACUCAGAGACAGGAAUUGUUUUUCAAGAUUUUGGUGCCUUUUUUUUUUUUUUUUUGAACGCUGAGGAUUGGUGGCUGUUGUUUUAACGCUAGCUCUGUUUGCCAGCAGACCCAAUCUUAGAGAAGUGGUUAUAUUUCCUUUAAGAUUUCCCAGAUAAGCUGAAGAAAAUUCUGUGGUGAAGGACGGUUAUUGAACAAGGUUCAGAUGUGCUACAGUAUCGCAUUGUUGGUGUCCGUUGAAAGAAUCAUGUUUUUCUAUUAAACCUUCAUUAUAUUGGACUGUAGUUCUGUACAAUCAGGGGGCUAUCAUGUUUGCAAAGCAGGACACCUCUGCUGCAGUGGUAGGAUUAUUCAGUUAUGAUGAUUUCAGGCUCAUGCUGUGCUGAUGAGGAACGCUUCCUUUUCCUUUUUCUGUUAGUGAAUCGAACCUGGGGGGGGUCAAAGCAGCAUUCGGAGUACUCUGCUGCAGUAGGUUCAACAUGUCUGACAAAACAAAACUUAAUGAAGUGUCAAUGAGUGCAACCCCACCAAGCUUAAAGUCAUUGAUUGGAUUACAAAUGGUCUUGUCUUAAACAAGUGCAGCUGCUCCAAACAACAAUCCCCCUCGGCCUCCUUUCAGUGUAGAUAAGUUCACAUCUAUUUGCUGGAACAGAAUUGGAUGCUAUUUGCUACAUGCUGUACGCUCACAACUUAUAAUCCUCUGCACCCGCACUAGUAUUGUCAGUAUCUGCUCCUCAGAUAAGGGUACUUGGGCUGGUAGGUCGUCAGUGUUUUCUUGAAGAUGAGACGUGUGCUAGAGCUGUUUGCACUUUCAUCUGAUUCUUCAUCCCGAGUUUAAGGCGUGUUUGUUUUAAAGACCCGACUAUUGUGAUCUGUUCUUUACCAUCUCAUGCACAGGGAAUCUCAAUAAGAAGCAGCCCUGACCCUGCUGUGAGACUAUAGGUUCUGCAUCGUGUGUUUCCUCUCUCAUUGUCCUUCAGUGGUGGUUUGAUCAGCUCAGAAUCUGGUUCCUUUGCUCAGAUGCACAGAGGAGGGACAUUUUAACAUUGAUCCAUUCUUGGAUACAGUGAAAGAUAGAUCGAGUUAAAUCUGGUCUUCCAUUUUUCUCCACCUUUUGACACAUUGACAUGAGUUACAAAAUCAAUACACUGAUGAAAAAUGGUUGAUCAUUCACUCAGAUUGAUAGCACUUUGGCUGUAAUACAUCAGAGCCUGUCCCUGAAACAUGGAUCCUGUGUAUGACGUGCUUUGAAGCAAAAUAAUGUAAAGAACUCUGCAAUUUGUAUUUGUAAGUAACUUCUAUAAGUAUAAAAAUUACAUUGUUCAUUUGUUGAUAGGCAUAGAAUGUCAUUCUUUGAACGGAUAUCCAAACUUUUCUCUACCUUUUAUGGUAAAAGAUGAGUGGUGGUGCAGGUUGCUUCUGUGGAUCUGAGCCAGAUGAGUUUGCAGGUUGUUUUUUGGAGCUAGGGAGAGAGCUGAGGGUCUGGUCUUUUUGUAGUGGCAUCUCUUCUUAUUACAAUGCAUACGGUAGCAUGGGCAGAGGCUUACAAUCCAUGAUGUAAAUGUUUUGUUUGUUGUGUUUUUUUAUAUGUUCAUAUUAAAAGACAAUAAAAUUUAAAUAAUAUUUUAUUAAGCCUUGAAUCGCCUCCAGUUGUUCCUAUGGGCAAACAGACAAUAUGAAGCUGUUUGAGGGCAGCAGCAGCAUCUGGAGCUGAUGCCACAGAGGACUGGGAGGACUGGUUAAGGUGGAGAUCUUUAUGUUCUGUACCAAACGCUCAGAUCUGGGGACACAUUUGAUGCCUGUUGAGGAUAAAACUGUAAAAUUUAAAAAUUAUCGUAUUCUAACAGCUGUUAUUGACGUGUGGAAUUAAUUAAAAUCAGUUCUUAAAGAAA